AUGAGUUCUGAAGGAAAUCAUCGAUCAAGCUUUCAUCACGCCGAUACAAAUCAUAAUGGUGAAGCUUUUUCUUCUGCAGACUCUGCUGGUCCAACUGAAACAUUAACAUAUGAAAUUGGUCUCGACGUUGCUGUUGCUGGUUUUACACAAAAUCCUAUUGAAUAUGAAAAAUAUACUCAAUCUGCAAAUUCAACCAAAGGUCAUACAUAUGGUGUUGGUCCAGACGUUGGUAUUGGUGCACCACACGUUGCAAGAACAAGUAAUCAAUAUGAUCCAGCAGCUGCUAUGUUUCAUUUUGCUGAUGUCAAUAGUGAUGGAAGAAUUGAUCAAGGGGAAUUUGGUUCUUUCAUGCGUUCUGUUUAG